AUGCUUGAAAAGACCGUAUUCGGUCAAGCGGUCACCUCAGUCAGCGAGGCCCCUCCGACUGUGGAGUCUCAAGAGGCAAAUAAAACGGUCCAGCAUGGCGUGGAGAUGGCAGAAGCGGUGACUAUGUCAUGGUCCAAAAGAUCAUUGAUCCUGGUUUAUGUCUGUGAUUUCCAAGGCCACUCUCUAUUGACGGUGAUCGAGAUUGUUACGAGUGUUGUGAGUGCUGCGUGUACAAUGCCGAUCGCCAAGAUGUUAAACAUUUGGGAUCGCGUGGUUGCAUUGACCUCGAUGCUGUUUAUCGCGCUCGUUGGCCUCAUUCUGAUGGCAUGCUGCCAUAACAUUGUGACCUAUUGCGUGGCACAGGCAUUUGUGACAGUAGGCUUUACGGGCCUAAUCUUCUGCGUGGACGUGUUGACGGCGGACACAUCUAAAGUGCAGGACCGAGCUCUUGCAUUUGCCUUUACCUCAUCGCCGUAUAUAAUCAUGGCAUUCGCAGGUGCACCACUUUCAGAGUCCUUCAACAAUUCGAACUGGCGCUGGGCGUAUGGCACAAUUGCAAUCCUUUUACCGACUGUGACAAUGCCGCUGGUUAUUAUCUGGUCAGUCGCCCGGAAAAAAGCCCAGCAGGGCAAAUUUCCGGACCGUGCGACUGACCAAAGGUCCUGGACUCAGCGUAUCCAGCAUCUUAUUAUUGAAUUUGAUAUGGUUGGCAUUUUACUCCUCACUGCUGGCCUAUCCCUCUUUCUAUUGGCAUUCGUCCUGGCAGGUUCUCAGGAAGGCAAAUGGCACUCCACGAACAUAAUAUGCAUGAUUGUGAUAGGCGGCGUUACUAUUGGAGCAUUCGUGGCUUAUGAAAGAUUCUUUGCUACAAGGCCGUUCAUCCCUUACCACCUCCUUGUUUCACGAACAAUUAUUGGUACUUGCCUUUUGAACUUUACCUACAUCAUUGCUGCAAGUUGCUGGGGCACAUACUUCACAUCCUUCCUACAGGUUGUGUAUAAUACGACUCUCAUGCAAGCAGGUUAUAUAACAGCGAUUGCAAACCUGAUUUCUCCUCUCUGGUUGAUUGGAGUUGGGUGGCUUGUUCAUAUUACAGGGCGCUUCAAGUGGCUACUCCUAUGUGCAAUCCCGGUCUACAUGCUUGCAAUAGGUUUAAUGCUCUAUUUCCGGACACCCGGCCAUAGUAUCGGUUACAUGUGUAUGUGUGAGGUGUUCCUAGGAUUCGGUACUGGUACCAUCAUUGCCCUUGAACAGACAGCAGUCCUAGCAGCAUCCGAACAUGACAAUUAUGCAUCAACACUAGCACUGCUUGGUCUAAGCGGAAGUAUUGGUGGUGCUAUUGGCAAUAGUAUCUCUGGCGCCAUAUGGACAAACACACUACCCAACAAGCUCCAGGAAUUUUUGCCAGCCGAGACAAAGCCACGGUGGAAUGAGAUCUAUGAGUCACUACCAGUGCAGCUGAGCUUCGAGAUCGGAUCGACAACUCGUAUUGCUAUUGAGCACGCAUAUGCCAUUGCCCAACGGGACAUGCUCAUAGCAGGUAUUUCAAUCAUGGCAGUGACAGUCGUGUGGGUGCUACUGAUCAAAGAUGUCCGGAUGAAGGAGAGAAAUGAUACAAAGGGGUUGCUUUUUUAA